AUGAUUGGUUGCAGACAAGCAUUGUUGCUGUGGCUGAUGAUGAUGAUGAUCUCCAGAACGGAUGCUUUGGCCACUUCCAUGAGCAUGAAAUCCAGACAACCUACCUCUGUCAAUGGCAACAACAUCAACAACAACAAGCCACAGCCACAAGAAAAAGUCAAUGGCGACAACGUGGCAGUCAAUUCCCUGGAUGCCUGGGUGCAGCUACGAUCGGGUAUUCGACCGGAUCAAGCCGAGGGGGUGUUUAGCGAUGUCUUCUUUUGGACCGCGGAUGGAGAACUUUACGAGUCACCCUCCGGCAAGAUGGUAGCUCGCAUUGAAGGUGUCGAGGCGAGUCAUGCCGUCCGUCUCCAUGACAACAUGGUGAGGAUCUUUAGUCGCAAGUUGGUCUGGUUUCUAGAUCCCGACACGUACGAGAUCAUGGACUCCUACCAAGGAAAACCAGUCAAACCCAUUCGGUAUGAUGCUCAAGUCUUUGAUUUUGAAAUAAUGGGCAAAAAGAAGAAGACUCCUGUUGUGGAGGAGCCAUUAUUGCAACCCAUUCAACCCUAUGUUGUCCGUAGUGCCCGUGUGGUACCCUGCAUGCCAAUCACUCCACGGUGGGGUGGUUGUUCGGACAUUCUCAUGUUCCAAGUACCCCUGUUCAUAGAUAUUGACAUUCCCUUGCCGAAUGGCCAAACACGGCGGUAUCAAGCAUGGGAGUUUUACGACUAUUACUUGGAUCAUAGUAAUGCAAACAAAAAACCACCCGUGCUCUCGUGGAUGCGACAAGGCAACACGCCUCCCUUUUGCAUGGAGGGGAAUGGUGUCAUGCAUGCACGCGGUCAUCGCGUUUCCAAGUUUCAAGAUUUGCCCGAAACGACACAAGAGUACGUCAAUGAAAACUAUCCACACUUUCGUGGACCACCCAAUGACAUGGAGGAAGUGGAUCGGCUCUUGGGAGAAGACGAAGAGAGCUCAUAA